GUCUGUAUGAUAUCCAACGCACUCAAAACAUGGCAUCUGUGGCGGCCGGAUAUUGCUUUCAGUGGCAAAGGCUGAAACCCUCACCAUAAGGCUAGAAAUCGUGAAGCAUGGGUGACUGGAGCUUUCUGGGGCGUCUGUUGGAGAACGCGCAGGAGCACUCAACGGUCAUCGGCAAGGUGUGGCUGACCGUCCUCUUCAUCUUCCGGAUUCUGGUGCUGGGGGCCGCCGCCGAGGAGGUGUGGGGUGACGAGCAGUCGGACUUCACCUGCAACACACAACAGCCCGGUUGCGAGAACGUCUGCUAUGACGAGGCCUUCCCUAUUUCGCACAUUCGCUUCUGGGUGCUACAGAUCAUCUUCGUGUCCACGCCGACGCUCAUCUACCUGGGACACGUCCUUCACAUUGUCCGCAUGGAGGAGAAAAGGAAAGAGAAGGAGGAGGAGAUGCGCAAGGCUCUCCGCUUCCAGGAAGAGAAGGAUCUCUACAGGAACGGCGGCGAAGGUGGAGGAGGUGGGGGUGGCGGAGGUGGGAAAAAGGAGAAGCCCCCAAUUCGUGACGAGCAUGGAAAGAUUCGUAUCCGGGCUCUGCUCCGCACCUACAUCUUCAACAUCAUCUUCAAAACCCUGUUUGAGGUGGGCUUCAUCCUGGGCCAGUACUUUCUCUACGGUUUCCAGCUUAGGCCCCUGUACAAGUGUGCCCGAUGGCCUUGCCCAAACUCAGUAGACUGCUUCAUCUCCAGGCCCACGGAAAAGACCAUUUUUAUCAUUUUCAUGCUUGUGGUGGCUUGCGUGUCCCUUUUGUUGAACCUCUUAGAGAUCUACCACCUGGGCUGGAAGAAAGUCAAGCAGGGCAUGACCAAUGAGUUUGUACCAGAGCGUGAGUUGGUGGGCGAUGAGACCAGGGAGACUGACAAUGUGACAGUCCUGCCCGAGACUCGAGCGUCCGCUCCCAUCCCCAACCACCCGCCCAACUACACAGACCUGACUGUCGCAGGAAGAGGCGCCUUCAUGCCUCCAACCCACUCCAUGGCCCUUGUGGCCACCCCUGAGGCAGAGCACAAGUCAGACCCUCUCCACGACCCCCUCCACUCCUCCAUGUUCUCCAGCAAUAACAGCAACAACUACCGGCUACCUGUGGGGCAGAAUUGGGCCAACAUGGCCACCGAGCUGCAGUCUAGUGAAGCCAAGCCGUGCACCCCUUGCUUGUCCUCCUCCUCCUCCUCUUCAUGCUCUCUGAGUAACAUGGCGCACCCCAAGGAGCCCCCCCUGGCCUCCUCUGGCGUGAUGACUGAUGGCGAUGCUGAUGGCGAUGAAUCCAGCAGAGGGGGGAAGAGUGAUGCUGGUCGCGACAUCACAACUACCACAGUGGAGAUGCAUGAACCGCCAGUGGUCCCGACCGAUGUCCGCAGGCUAAGCAGGGCGAGUAAGACCAGCAGCAUCAGAGCCAGGCCCGAUGACCUCGCUGUCUAGCCCUCCCACUCCCCCCCCCACACACACACCACCCCCAAAACCUCC